UUCAUGCCGUGAGAAACGACGAAUAGACGCAAAACAGGGGGAAGAGGAGAGAGUGUCUAACGGACGUAGAUAGGCAGAGGGGGCGGACAACCCGGUGCCCUUUAUCACUUAAGCACACGUUUAAAAACUGCCGUGGAGCAGUGGUUUUUAAAGCGCAAAAAUGGCGCAGCCAGACUCCAAGAAGAUCUUCUUUGAGAACCUGUCGGGUGCGGGCAAAGCCAUUGCAGUGCUGACGAGCGGAGGAGAUGCUCAAGGGAUGAAUGCUGCUGUGCGUGCUGUGGUUCGAAUGGGAUUAUAUGUCGGUGCUAAAGUUUAUUUCAUUCACGAGGGAUAUCAGGGUAUGGUGGAUGGUGGAGAAAACAUCAGAGAAGCCUCAUGGGAAAGUGUUUCUAGCAUGUUACAAGUGGGCGGAACCGUCAUUGGCAGUGCCCGCUGCAAAGAUUUCCGUACUCAUGAAGGACGUCUGAAGGCCGCUCACAAUCUGGUACAGUACGGCAUCACUAACCUGUGUGUGAUUGGUGGAGACGGCAGCCUGACUGGAGCCAACCUCUUCAGGGAGGAAUGGAGUGGACUGCUGGGGGAACUGAUGGAGCAAGGUUUGAUCGAAGCCGAUGCUGUGCAGAAAUAUUCCGCCCUUCACAUCGUGGGUAUGGUGGGCUCCAUCGACAAUGACUUCUGCGGAACUGACAUGACGAUCGGGACGGACUCUGCUUUGCACAGGAUCAUCGAAGUGGUGGACGCGAUUAUGACAACGGCGCAGAGUCACCAGAGAACAUUCGUGUUGGAGGUCAUGGGCAGACACUGUGGGUACCUGGCCUUGGUGAGCGCCCUGGCCUGUGGGGCAGACUGGGUGUUGAUCCCCGAGAUGCCACCUGAGGAUGGCUGGGAGGACAAGAUGUGUCAGAAACUGUCUGCGACACGAUCCAGGGGCACGAGACUAAACAUAAUCAUAGUUGCAGAGGGAGCCUUAGACAGACAUGGGAAGGCUAUAACCUCUAGUUAUGUCAAAGACCUUGUUGUUAAAUGUUUGGGUUUCGACACCCGUGUGACAAUUCUGGGGCACGUCCAGAGAGGAGGGACCCCGUCGGCUUUUGACCGCAUCCUGGCAAGUCGCAUGGGGGUUGAGGCUGUUUUUGCUCUUCUGGAGACCACAGCUAACACUCCAGCCUGUGUGGUUUCUCUGGUCGGCAACCAGUCAGUGCGCUUACCUCUGAUGGAGUGUGUGCAGAUGACUCAAGAAGUCCAGAAGGCCAUGGAUGAAAAGAGGUUUGAAGAGGCCGUGAAGCUGCGGGGCAGGAGCUUCGAAAACAACCUGAAGACGUACAAACUCCUGGCUCAUCGCAAACCGGAGUCUGAACUGCCAGUUAGCAACUUCAAUGUGGCGGUCCUGAACGUCGGCGCCCCUUCUGCCGGUAUGAACGCCGCGGUCCGAUCGGCGGUCAGGGUGGGCAUCUCUGAGGGUCACAAGAUGUUCGCUGUCAGCGAUGGGUUUGAGGGGUUCUCCAAAGGACAGAUUAAGGAAAUCAAAUGGGCAGAUGUCGGAGGUUGGACAGGACAAGGUGGAUCCCUGUUGGGAACUAAAAGAACUCUUCCCGCUAAGCAUGUUGAAAAAAUUGCCGCGGAGAUGAGAAAGCACAACAUAAAUGCACUGCUAAUUAUUGGUGGAUUCGAGGCCUUCCUGUCACUGCUGGAAUUGUUAACGGCGCGUGGGAAAUAUGACGAGUUCUGUGUGCCCAUGGUCAUGGUCCCAGCCACUGUCUCCAACAAUGUGCCGGGCUCAGACCUCAGCAUUGGCGCAGACACUGCUCUGAACGCCAUCACUACUACCUGCGAUCGCAUCAAGCAGUCGGCCAGCGGCACCAAGAGGCGCGUGUUCAUAAUCGAGACCAUGGGGGGCUACUGCGGCUACCUGGCCACCGUGGGAGGGUUGGCGGCCGGCGCUGAUGCAGCGUACAUCUUCGAGGAGCCCUUCGACAUCAGAGACCUCCAGGCUAACGUUGAACAUCUGACGGAAAAGAUGAAGACGAGCAUUCAAAGAGGUCUGGUCCUCAGGAACGAGAAUUCCAAUGAAAACUACACAACGGACUUCAUCUACCAGCUGUACUCUGAAGAAGGGAAGGGAGUGUUCGACUGCAGGAAGAACGUACUGGGACACAUGCAGCAGGGCGGUGCUCCGUCUCCAUUUGAUCGUAACUUCGGAACCAAGAUUUCUGCCAAGGCGAUGCAGUGGAUCACUAAAAAACUGGAUGAGACCUUCAGACGAGAUGAAGGUCGAGUGUUUGCCAACUCCGAGGACACCUGUUGUCUUCUGGGGAUGCGUCGAAGAGCUCUGGUCUUCCAGCCCGUUGUACAGCUCAAGGAUCAGACCGACUUCAUUCACAGGAUCCCUAAGGAGCAGUGGUGGCUGAAGCUACGUCCCCUCAUGAAAAUCCUGGCUAAAUACAAGACGAGCUACGACGUCUCCGACUCGGGACAGCUGGAGCACGUUGUACGCAACAGGCCUAAAGAGUUAGACGCUUCGGUCGCCAUGUAAAGGCCUCCGUCACUUCCUCCUGCGUAUCCAAGUUUAGCCAUCGUUUUGUGUGUUGUUAGACGAGCUCCAGUAACAAAGACAACAAAGUGUUCAUUUUCAGUCCGGACCAUUUAUCUCCCUCGUACUGUAACCUGUGUAAGUCCUCAUAGAGCUCGACUAGCUAAAGAAAAAAAAAAAAAAAAGACACUCCUAUGCUUGUGCACACAUUAACACACACACACACCCACACACACACUUGUCCGGUCAUGCAUCAGUGUGUCCUGGUUGCUCUGGAUGUUUGGUGUCACUGUCCAUGUUUUGAAAUUGCACUUUCUGGUGUCUGCGGUCGUUCCGCGACAGUAAGGACGCUAACUGCUGUAAAAACCAGUGUACGCGUGUACAUCUGCCUAGAAACGGUGUGAGGUCCGGCAUAUUAAUGAUGGAAACCGUUAUCGUCCGAACCACGUGCUGCGCUUCACACAGAGACUAAUAUUUAAUAUUUUUAACAUUGUUUAUCAUUUUUGCUUGGAAACUUGAGUUUAAAUAUAGGUAAAUAAAUAUAUAUAUAUAUUAUAUUGUCAGCACUGAUGUGAAGGCGUCGCCCUUUGUCCUAUUGCAGAAUAGAUGUGUAAAAGACCCACGAAUAAAAGCCAGACUUCAGAAGUGUA